AGCCCGCCGGGCGGGCCGGCCGUCAGGGGGCGGCACAUGCAGGGCGGCGGCGGUGCCGCCAUGGCGGCCGCCUUCAAAACUGUGGAACCAUUGGAAUAUUACAAAAGAUUUUUGAAAGAGAACUGUCGACCUGAUGGAAGGGAGUUAGGUGAAUUCCAGGCAACCACUGUCAACAUAGGUUCAAUUACAACUGCAGGUGGUUCUGCCCUGGUGAAGUUAGGAAGUACCACGGUGAUUUGUGGAGUGAAAGCAGAACUUGCUGCACCUGCAGCAGAUUCUGCUAAUAAGGGAUAUAUUGCUGAGUGUUCCAGCGUGGAUCUUGCUCAGUUGCCUGCUUUUUUGAUACCUAGUACCAAAUGUAGAGCUGCCAUCCCUCUGUUCAGAGAGGUUUCGCUCCGGACCACCUGUCCUAAGCUAAAUAUUUUGCUUGAAAUCAAGAGUACCAUUAACAUAGCCAAAACUCUGAUUGAUUUUUGGUGGCAAUGUUUAAUAUUAGACCACUGUAAUUUUUUUAUCUCUUCAGUACAACUGCCAUCGGUUAUUAUAAAUGAAGAAACUGGUUUAUCAGAAGUGAAUUUAAAACAGAAGACUCCUUUGAUUAUCAGAAAGCAUCCAGUUGCCACAUCAUUUGCUGUAUUUGAUGACACAGUACUCAUUGUUGAUCCGACUGCUGAAGAAGAAGAUUUAGCAACUGGAACAGUCACCAUUGUCACUGAUGAAGAAAGCAGAUUAUGUUCUGUCCAUAAACCAGGUGGAAGUCUUCUUACAAGAACCAAGCUUCAGGACUGUAUCACCAGAGCAAUUACAAGACACAAAGAAGUAAAGAAGCUGAUAGACAAAGUAAUAAAAAGUAUAAUGCCCAAGUGAACAAAAGGAGAGAGCUUUUCAAAA